AUAAAUAAGGAACUUUUUUUCCCCGGUAAAACGGCGUAGGAUGGCACCUAGAUGGGAAGCCUUGGAGCAACGAUAACGUUGUCUCCGUGUGACUUACAGGUCACGGUUCGAGCCGUGGAAGCAGCCACUAAUGCUUGCAUUUGUGUUGGCCGCCUACAUCACACCCCUUAAGCUGUGGCCAGGGGCGGAGCCAGAAUUUUCAUCAAGGGGUGUCAAAAUAUAAAUAAUUAGAUAUAUCAAAAAGUCAAGGGGAGUCAACGUAUGGUAAAUGUACAUAAAAUAAAAAAACUUAUCUAGCAAUAUAGUGUAAUUUUCCGGCAAAGGGGUGUUGCUUGACACCCCUUUGUUCAAUGUGGCUCCGCCGCUGGCCGUGGCCCUUCCUCGGACCAUGUAUGAAUGUGGAAUGCUUUGUGUACCGGGCUAUCCUUUUUUGUUGUAGGAUGACAUAGAAAUGAAAAAUAAAUGGAGAUGAUAAAAGUAGACUAAUUAUUUGAUUAUGGGCAUUUUUUGUCUAAAAAAGAGACCUAGGAAUAACAUGAUUAUCAUAUGAGAAAGAAAAAGAAAGUUUUUUAAAUUACAUUGUAUAUGUAAAGAGAAGCUUAGAAUCAAAGUUAAACAUAGAACCAUAAAAAAGGGACAAAGAAAACCUUAAUAACAGUCGAAUGUAAUAUGACAGGUUCACUUUAAGCUAACUAAUUGGAGGACAAAAAUAUUCUGAUGUUUUCAUAAACUACAUGUUACACUGUCCAUGAACCAGAAGAAAGCUAAAUAUUCCCUCCUAAACUUCCCCUUCUUAAAUUCCUGUCACAUAAAAGGGAAGAUGAAGCAAAGUAUAGCAAGUAGGGGAUAUAGAGAUUUUGACAUACAAAAUAUUCAGUCAUGUCUCUUCCUACUUGGUUUAAUCUCAAGAUUAAUGCCCCUCAUUAUGUUUACAAGCCUACAUCAAGGCUCAUUCCAGCUUCUGUUCCAUCAAAGUUGAAUCAAUCAUAUACACAACAUUUUGAAUGUCCAAACUCUCUAAUUCCUCCAGCAGAUCAGAAUGUUGCAGCAAUUGUGUUUGGAGAUGGAUCAAAUUCAAGACUUUAUCCAUUGACAAAGAGAAGAUCAGAGUCUGCACUUCCUAUUGCAGGAAACUACAGACUCAUUGAUGCAGUUGUUAGCAACUGCAUCAAUAGUAAUAUAAGGAAGAUAUAUGCACUUACACAAUUUAACUCUGCCUCUCUAAAUACCCACCUUUCAAGAGCUUAUUCGAGUGCACGAAUCGGGAACGAAGCAUUAGUUGAAGUCAUUGCAGCUUAUCAGAGUCCUGAGGGCAAAGGCUGGUUUCAGGGAACUGCUGACGCUAUAAGAAGAUGUUUGUGGGUACUAGAAGAGUACCCGAUCCUCGAGUUUCUACUGCUUCCCGGUUACCAUCUUUACAAAAUGGAUUUCCAGGAACUCUUAGAGGCUCACUGGAGUAACCGAGCUGAUAUAACUGUUGCAGUGUUAAGCAGAACGAGGGAUAACGAUACAGAAUUUGGUACAUUCCAACUAAAUUCUGAAAAUCAAGUCAUUGCAUUCAAAGACAAUCCAGAUAGGAGAGUACAAAAUUCAGAGAAAUUGAAAGACAUUUCUCAUGAUAAUUUUGCAAGCAUGGAUAUUUAUGUUGUUAAUAAAGAUGCUAUGAUAAAGCUUCUGACAGAGUAUCAUCCUUUGGCCAAUGACUUCAGAAGAGAAGUUGUACCAGGUGCAAUUUCCUUAGGAAUGAAUGUAUAUGCACACAAAUUCAGCGGGUACUGGGACGAUAUGAGAAGCAUUGAAGCUUACUAUCGCGCAAAUAUGGAAAGCAUAAAGAAUACAAAUAAGGCAUAUUGCAGCUUGUAUGACAAAGACUCUCCGCUAUACACUUUGCCUCGACACCUACCUCCAACUCAGAUAACUGAUGCUGUUAUAACGGACUCUGUGAUCGGAGAUGGAUGCUUUCUCAAUAGAUGCAAGAUCAGAGGUACAGUUGUUGGCAUGAGGACAAGAGUUGGAGAUGGAGCAAUAAUUGAGGAUUCAGUAAUAAUGGGUUCUGAUACCUACCAAGGCGGUCGCGCAGAGGAGGAUAUCCACAUUCCUAUUGGAAUUGGAGAAGGCUCGCAAAUAAGGAAAGCAAUAAUUGAUAAGAAUGUGAGAAUUGGCAAAAAUGUUAAGAUUUUGAACAAGGAAAAUGUCCAAGAGUGUAAUAAUGAAGCAAAUGGCUACAUUAUUACUGGAGGCAUAGUUGUAAUUAUGAAGGGUGCCAUUAUUCCAAAUGGAAGCAUUAUAUAGUCGCAUUCGCUUUGGACAGAAAAUAUCAUUCUUGAUAGGAAUACAUAGCUGCAGGGAGUCAAAUUGUACACUCACAACUUUUUCUUGAGACAUUUUAGUUCACUUUGGUUAACAGUUCAGAAGGCCGGCGUAACUGAUAAAGUUGCUGCCAAUAUGACGAGGAGGUCACGCGUUCGAGCCGUGGAAACAGUCUCUUGCAGAAAUGCAGGAUAAAAUACUGUAUAUAAUAGACCCUUGUAGUCUAGCCCUUCCCUGGACUCCGUGCAUAACGGGAGCUUAGUGCACCGGACUGUCCUUUUGGUUAAUAGUUCAAAUUUAGAUCAUACAGAAUCAUUCUGUGAUGACUUGAUUUCAUGUGAAGGGGAAUAAAGUUUCCAAAAUCUUGGGAAUCUUUUAAUAAAAAUAUUAGCUUGUUCUUUUUGGUGGAAAAAGCAGCACAUAAAGGUUGUCUUCAGACUUUAUAUAAGAAAGUCAAGCUUAAUGUUUUUUUUUCUAGAAGGAAAAGAAAACAAUUUUGCUAAAGAGAUUGUAUUAUAGCCCCUAAUAGCAGAAAAAAUAUACUUAGGGCUCUAAUGGGAGGUAUAUUGAGAAAAUUAGCAGAUAUAUGAGAGAAAUUAGGAAAGAGGAUUACUGCUGUUGCUUUUGAUUAUCUUUUUCUUUUCAUGAAAAGCAAAAAGCAGAAACAAGAGAAAAGACCCUUGAUGAGAUUCCAACCUUGCAUCACGUGCAAGUGAAGUUAGAAUAUUUAGCACCCCUUUGGACAUAGAUUUUUUUUUUUUUCAAAAAAAAAAAAAUUGAAAAUGUUUUUUGUUCAUAGAAUUUGAUCAAUUUUUGAAAAAAAUUUGACAAGUUCCGAAAAUUGGUUUGUGCUAGCUUUUGGUUGAAAUUUUUUCUUUCGCUCACAAAACUUCUAACUUUUUUCAAGUAAAAUGCAUGUUCAAACACAACUUCUAACUUCUAAAAACUAUUUUCAACAUAACUUUAAAAACUUUUUUUUCACGUUUCAACUAAAUUUAUGUCUAAACACUAACUUAAACUUCACUCUAAAGGUUUUUUGUUAUGUCGAUAUUUAAAAAAGAUAGUAAAUCAUGAAAGUCAUUCUGACAGUUAAUGUACCAUUAUCAGAAGAUUUAUUAAAGAAGAAAGGUUACUUCAUACUUGAGACCUAAAAUAUGAACAACUAUUUUGCAACAAAGAGGGCUACAAAAUGCCAUGGCAGCAGAGCAUCACAUUGAUUAUUUGGCUGUGUAAAUUAAUCGACAGUCCCAUUCUCCUAAUUGGACUUUGAAGUCUUGUCACUGGAUGUACUCUCAAGGUACAAUACUCUUCAAAGUAUAUGUGAAUGCUUAAAUCCAGGGUGUAUUCUGAUUUGCAAACUAUCCGCAAUGUCCAUUUAUAAAUAACUUAUUACAAAAACUGGUCAAUUCAUAAAAUAUUGCUAAUAUUAGCCAAUCAACUAUUUGUAGCAAAAAAGAGGUCAAAUUUUUGCUUUCUUUUGAGUGGGUGUUAUUAGAAUAAAUUGGGUACAUCUUAAGGAGUUUGAAUCUAAGUUUUGAGAUGAUUUGGCAGAGUUUUGAGGUAGUUUGAAUAAAAAUUCGAAAUAGAAGAUGAAACAUGAAAAAAAAUUAUAUGUGUAUCACAUAUGUAUCAUAUUUGCAUCAAAUAUGUAUCACAU